CUCCCCUCCUCCCCCGCCUCCCCAUCCCCGUCUCAUCGCCCCGAGCCGCGCCGCCUCGCUAAUUGGAGCGAGCCGGCGCUGGGGGAGGUGGCACGCGCGCAUCGCCUCGCCGCCGUCAACAUUCGCCUCGCUCCCUCCUCAGCGCAGCCGCCGCAGCCGCUCAAGCGCGGGAUCUCGCGUUCGAAGAAGACAACAUCCCCCCGGCACUCAGCCCACAGGGGCCCGAGGAGGGAGACAGAGCAAGGGGAGGAGGGAGAGACGGAGCCGACCGGACAACCCAAGCGCUCCACCCGACUGACCCCGAGCCGGUGCCGGUCUGGCCAGGGUCACCACACCCCGGGGCGGCGGUGCGCCCGGGCGCCGCGGCUUCGUCCAGCAGCAGGGCUCCUCCACAUCGUCGUCGCCGUCGGCGGCAGCAGCAGCAGCAGCACCGCUGGCAUGGCCAAAUGGCUGAAGGAGCACUUGGGGCUGGGCGCAAAGCGCGCCCCGCCACAGCCCCCCAAGCCCGACUACCGGCGCAAGACCUCGGCCGGUCCGGCGGUGGAGGUGGCCCUCCCCGGGCCGGCCCUCACCGGUGACCUCCUCCUGUCGGCCUACCGCGCGCAGAAGGACAAGGACUUCGAGGACCCCUACAGCGGACCUUGCUCCAGCGCCCUGCAGCGCAUCAAGAUGCAGGGCGAGCAGCAGCAGCAGCAGGAGGCGACUGACGCGGAGCAGCAGAUGGGGACUGCUUCACAGCAGCAGCAGCAUUUGCAGCAGCAGCAGCAGUCGCCGGCGGUCACUGCUGCUGGUGGUGGCGGUGGUGGCGGCCAGCAGCAAGCGGACGUGAAGUUCUUGUCGCAGAAACAUCGUCUCAUCAAGGUGGAGAGCGCUGCUGCUGCUAACGCCGCUGCUGCGGCUGCUGCAGCUGCUGCUGCUGCAGCUGCUGCUGCUUCUGCUGCUUCUGGCUCCGCGGGAGCCGCGGGGCCGCCAGGGAAGGCGCUGCGGAACGGGACGCGGGGGGGCAGCGGCGGGCAGGGGGGCAGCGGUGGGCAGGGGGGCAGCGGCGGGGACGAUGGCGCGGCCAAGGGGAAGGACGACAAGGUGAUUAUCCUGGAGGAUUACGCCGACCCCUUUGAUGCCGAAAAAAAAUCCAAAGGGCAGAAGAAGGACGAGGCCGGCGCCGAGAACGACGGCUACAUGGAGCCGUACGAGGCGCAGAAGAUGAUUAAAGGUGCCAAGAAGCACAGCCUCAAGGACACGCCGCCGCGCCGGCUGCCCCUGUACGACACGCCCUACGAGCCGCGGGACGGCGCCCCGGCCAGCCCGGGGGCCGGCGGCGGCGGCGGCGCCGGAACCCCUGGCGGUGGGGCCGUCGGCGGGGCCGUCGGCGGAGCCGUCGGCGGGGCGCCCGCACCGAGCUCCGGUGGGGUCGCCGGAGGCGCCGGCGGGGGAGGCGGCGCCAACAACGGAGAGGCAGCGGGUGCGCCAGCCCCGAGGGAGGGGGGCCCCCGCUCACGCCGACGUCCGUCCGGACCCCGCCGUCGGCGCCGCCGCCGCCGCUUUCGGCUCCGGCUCACUCGCCGGCACGGGCCACCGCGCCGGCGCAGGGUCAGCCGGCCCAACCGCUGCCUGGCCGCGCCGCAGCCGCAGGCGAGCCUGCCCGGAGACCCGCCGGGGGAGCGAGCGCUGCCCCAGGACGACGAGAGACCGGCGGACGAGUACGACCAGCCCUGGGAGUGGAACAAGGAGAGGAUCUCCAAGGCGUUUGCAGGGCGCCGGCGCUUGGAGGGCAAAGUCCAGUUUGACGGCGUGGACAAGACGCGGUCGCCACCGGCCACCGGCGCGGACCGCGGGCGGCCGCCCCAGGGCCCCGAGGAGCGGCCGCGCAACCCCAGCGGCGGGAAGAAGGCCUCGCGACGACACAGCCCCCCCGAGCACGGCUCCUCGUCCUCCUCGUCCUCCUCCUCGUCCUCCUCGUCCUCCUCCGGCGAGAGGGUGGACCCCGCCGUGCCGCUCGAGCGACAAGCCUGGUACCACGGCGCGAUCGGGCGGUCGGACGCCGAGGCCCUGCUGCGGCUGUGCCGGGAGUCGAGCUACCUGCUGCGGAACAGCGAGACGAGCAAGAACGACUUCUCCCUCUCCCUCAAGAGCAGCAAGGGGUUCAUGCACAUGAAGCUGUCGCGAACCAAAGAGAGCAAGUACAUCCUGGGCCAGAACAGCCUGCCCUUUGACACCGUGCCAGAGGUCAUCCACCACUACACGAACCGCAAGCUGCCCAUCAAGGGUGCCGAGCACCUGUCCCUGCUCUACCCGGUCGCCGUGCGCACGCUCUGAGCCCCGGCGGCGCCGCUCCACAUCGACGAUCACGGCGCACGGGGACCUCCACCACCCACCCAGGGGAGGGUCAGGGGGAGCGAGCGAGAGACGAACAACCCAGGGGCUGGGUUUUGGGGCGAGUGGAGAGCGAGCGAGUGGUGGUCUCGAGCCCGGUGCACGCACAAAGAUGUGUAUACGGGGCGAUGCCCUCGCAGGGUCGCUCCUUCCCACCGGAGAAUUCCCCUCGCGUCGUCGCUCGAUUACGGAGCCAUGUGGCCGAACUUCCCAAUGUCACUUCCCGUGAAGUCACUUCCUGGUGGAAUGAGCGAACCACGGGGGCCCUGGCCCCGCUCACCGUUGACUCCGCACGCAAUACAAAAUAAUAACAUGGGGUUUGGUGUUUCACUUCAUUAGGUCACAUUCCAGCACAGGGCGUCGAUCUCAUAGCAGCAUGUGUGGAAUGUCCACCGCCUGUUAUCUAAGGGUCAGCAGCUGUCCUGCGACACGUGAGAUUUCCAAAUGGAUUCUUCGUCUCAUUGCACCGUGCCAAUAAUGUCCUGGGAAUUAAACUGGGGUGGGGGGGGGGGGACUAACGAAAAGAACGUCGGUGAGCACACGGCCGGGAGCGCGGCGUCAAUCCCAGACUCGACGUCGCAGCGCCGUCGUCGCUAGCCGCCACAACUUGGCGGCGGCGUCUUUUUUCGCGCUCUCGUCGGCCGAACCCGGCGGACUUCGCCGAUGCCGAGGAGCGCCCCGGCGUCUCCCCGUGACGGCGCAGGAGGCGCUCCGAGCGCGGCGCCUCACGCCGAGGCUCGGGUUGCCGCCUCUGCGGGGGUUCAAAAGAAAAAGCGGGGACAUAUCACGGGAAGAAGAAUAUCUCGCACCGCCGGAGGAGGGUUGAGCACCACGUGUACGUGCGUUGUGUGUUGAAUGAGUGGCGUAUCCGUAUUAUUGUUACACAACUGACACACCAGCCGGGAAUGUUCACGUUGGUGAAGACUCGCAGGCUUUCCCAGGAUAGCGCAGGACCGUGCGUCGGUGCGCGCGGCGUUAACGAAACCCGACUCGACCGUUUUUUUGUUCCUUUUCAAAGCUCUCCCGAAAUUAACGACAGUUCGGUAUUUUUGUAAACUCGUGAACAAACAAAAAAAGUGCGGUCGUUUUUGAGACGUUCUGCGUGCGUCUCUGCGUGACGGCCAGCACGUUGGGUCGAGCGAGUGCCUCCACUUGAACGUGUCGGGGAGAAGGGAAGGUCCGCGCUGCUUCAUCCGUCACGCGGCACAGGGAGCGGAACGAACGCGGCCGCCUGCGGGGCGGCCCGAGCGUAUCGGGCACUGCAACUGGGGGGGGGGGGUGGUGGGGGAGACUCCGAGCCGUGUCUGGGAUGGGCCUGAGCGAUCCGAUGAGUAGCUGUAGCCUUAACCCCGACCGGACCGCGGCGUUUUGACAGCGCCUCGCUUUCAUUCGCUACUCCGCAAAAGGAAAAAAAACGACGACGCCGCGGUGCGCGUUCACGCCGACGACAUUUCUUGCCAAACUGUUCCCAGAUGUGGUGACGAGCUCGUUGCUGCCGUGGGGUGGCGUGGGGGGAGGGGGGAGAGUGGAAGUGACCUGCCAGGCCACCGACCGGGCUCGCUAGCCGCAACCCCCCCCCACCGGCCCCCCUCCUCACCCCGGCGAUGACGGAGCGCUUCCACGUUGCCUUUAAGCGCUCACUUCACCUCUCCCACGCACACCGCGCUCGCCGCGAGCGCCUCUCUGGAGUGGCGCCUUCGCAUCAGGAGCCGCACUCGCCAAACAGAUCCGAGCCCCUGUGGCUCUGCGUCCCAGCUCACCCAGACCCACACCAGUGCCCGGCAUCCUUAUAGGUUCUGGUCAAGACUGGCAACAGAAUACUUUCAAUUAGCUUUCACACAUAUAUAUUAGAACGCAGCUGUGUGCCGCGUACCGCUGCGAUGUGUGCACGCGCUCGAGCGCGAGUGCGUGGGUGGGCGUUACGAUACAAGGCCGCGGGCGUUAUAACGCGUUCUCGCCUAAGCGAAUAGAGGCUCCCUAAUUGGACUGGCUUGCCAGCUUGUGUUUUUUUUUUUAUAAUUGUCUUUGAUUUGUGUUGUUGUUGUUGUUGUUGCUUUAUUGGGCUGUGCCAAUCGUGUAUGCUGGUCAUUCAUACGCAGCACCUCGUGUCGCGGCGGGAGGUUGCUUUAUUUAUACGGAACGCGAGGGGUGGGCGGAGGGGUCGGGUCGAGGGAGGCACCAUCUCUCCCGUCCGCGUUGCUCGAAACUCCCACGUUAAUGGAAAGCCAAUUUUACUACAACUCAAGGGACCCAGUUGGCGCCACCGAUGCAUUUCGAGACGGAAAAUAAUUCGGCAUCAUCGUGAUGAUCAUCAUCGAUCAUCGUCAGACACCAUUAACAAAAUAAGGAUCAAUAUAUCCAUGAUGGUAACGAUGACGAUGCUGGAUGUUUCUUGUUGUAAUUUUGCUGCGCCCUACGUGUCCGUCGUGUGUGGUGGCAGUGAACGGCUGGGCCCUCUGCCCGGUUGGGCCACACGUUCUCAUCUUGGCGAACUUUCACCUUUUUCUUCACCAGAUUUUAUUUCGGCGAGUACUCGGCAACAGCUGCAUCGCCGACAAAGCAGCAAAUCGCCAAGGCGAUGCCACGUGCGUGUGUCAACAUCUCAACCCAGGCCCUUAAGUGACCAUUUUAUUUAAUUUUCGUCUUCCCGUGCCACUUUAAAUGACAAACUAAAGUGGAAUCCACUUAAAAGUGUUUUAUGCAGCCACCCAGAGAGCCCUCGGCUCCACGGGGGUCCUCUCCAUCAACACGUGGCAUCAGUGGCAGCAGAGACAAAUGCCGUCUCUCAGAAAUAAAUAAAUAUAUUUCAGGGGGGGGGGGCGUAACAGACCUGUGUUGGCAUCUGCUAGAUUCUCGCUCCAUCGUAUUUGCAGUUCAGAGCCAGCCUCGGCGGAGAGGGUAAUGUGUUGACCUUCUGAGCGUGCAGUGCCGCUGUGAGAUGUGAAAUAAAAUGGAAUGUUAAAUAAUUCAGUAUUGACUCGUGGCUCCCAGGUUGGGCAGGCCACCAACUCUGCCCCGGGUUUUCUAGUCUCGGGUUAUAACGCGUUCUGCUGGAUUAGUUGAGUCAUUGCAAUGUACUGACAGUGCCAGAGACCCAUAGACUUGCAUAGAGACCCAUAGACUCACGCGGAGACCCAUAGAGCUGGAAUGCGCUGGUAGUGCCUUCACCGCCAACGGAUGCAUACAGCCCAUACAGCUACUGAGAGCCCAGUACUGGUCCAUUGAUUAUCAUUGCGAUCAUCGUCAUCAUCUCACGGCGCUAUCUUCAAGUUACUGUUUGCCAGCUCGUCCAAUUGCACGAAUGAGCUGAGACGGGGCCUUUCUCUCCUCAACCUGGAGGUCGGGGCUGCCACUGCUCGCAUCGAUGUCCUCUCCCUGACCUCGCCCACUUCCGCUGGCUCUCGUACGGGGGCCCGCAUCGAUGUCGCUAGCUACUUUUGCUGGACAAAAAAAAGUAAAUGAAAUAACCAAUUAUGUAAGAGUUUUUAAAGAAAGGGCAUAAUUUAAUGUUAUAUUUACGAGGAAGAUUGUGACGUGUUUUAUCACCACUGCAUAGGUCCUUGCGGUUUGUGCCGUGCAGCUCUCAGAUGCAUUUUCGGGUCGUUGCGCGGUGUUGUUCGGCACGAUGUCCGGCGUUUCGCUCCACGUGUUGGGAGCUUUUUCAGUUCCUGAUGUCCGGCAUUUCGCCGCUUGUGCCGUGGAGCGAAACGUCGGACCUCGCGCCGGAUAGCGCGCGGUGCAUCCCGCCAACGCGCCGGAGAGCAAACCGCCUUUGAUUGUUUCAAAAGGUAACCCUGCGAGCAUGGAGGCGAGUGGGGAGACGCGUGGGACGUGCUGCGACCCACGUGGUGCGCGCCAGGGGUCCCACCCUUCCUGCUUGUGCCAGGGUCCGCGCCUCCGUUCGUUUAAAACAAAAACAAAAAAACGCGUUGGGUCGGGUCGCGUUCCCAAGCCUCUUCCUGCCUCGCAGUGGGACAAUGGAGUGGCUAUGCCGAGCGGCAGCCCGGCCCGUCUGGCCAGGGGCAGGAUGUGUUCCAUCUCCACCGUGCUUCGUCAUCUCCACCGUGUUCCAUCUCCACCGUUGAACAAAAGCCUCCCGGCACUCCCCCACUCGGGUGCGGGGGAGAUGUCCAUCGAAGCCAACAAUGGGGUGGUGUUGAGGCGGCGGCUGUGUUGGGUGAGUGGGGCGAGUGGGCUGAGAGGUUUGGCAGCAUUCGUUGACGUGCCAAAGAGAACAUGACUCACUCGUUUUAUUUUAGUCUGCCCGACCCCCACGGCCGCCCGCUCACGUGAACUAUAGCUACGUCUGGGACCCGUCGCGGGAAUGUGGAAUUGCCCACCCACCACCGGCCGAGGAUUCCCAAUCGACACGAAUUCCACGGCACGAUGGGGGUGCAGGGCUCUGAAUCAGUCCAGCGUCUGCGGCUCGCCGGUAACGACCGGCGCUGUAGCGCUGAUGGUGUCGUUAAUGAAACGUGCGGGCCCGUGCUCCUGUGGCACAGGGAAGCCGCUUGGGGUGCGCUCCUUUCCUCGGGAUCCCUGCGACUGAAGCGCCCCCUGCAGCCGGCAAGCGGUGCGGGGCGACUCCGCACCUAACGACGUUUCGUGUAACAUGAAAUAAUUACCAUUUGUUUGUCGACGGGCACACAUCAUGGAUAGUGGGUGGGUGGAUGUUCGCCGCACAUAACGGGCUGUUGUCGGCUGUGGGAAUGAUGUGAUGGGCCGCAACUGGCAGUGGAGCAACAUCUAUCGCUGUUGUAGUUUGUCGUGGGGAGGUCCUCAUCCAGCAGUGGAUUGACAAAAAGGGCUGCACGUGUACAUUGUGAGUCUCGAGACGCUUACAGGAGAGUCCUGCGAUGGGCUGAUCGGCCACUUUCCUCUCCAAGGAGAUAUUCGCUUCGUUGUGGGAGGAGACCGCAGAAGCUGGAGAGACUCCACGAGUCGUACGAAGAUUAAAAAUACGCGGUUCGCCCGGAAGGGAGGCACGCACCCACUUGCUGCACCGCUGCCAUCUCCUGACCACCACCUCGCGGCCCAGCGGCUGUGUGGGAAGUUUUCACAAAUCUCUGGGUAACCCACCAACCCCCUGCCGCCAAAGCGUCGGAUCAAGAGCGCUCGGCGCUGCUCACGGACACUGCGCUCCGAGUCAUCGGUGAAGACUCCGUCACGCGCAGCGCCACGCGCGCGCACGCCUGAGAGCUGCCGGGAGAGCUGCUUGCGUCACAACAUCAAAGGGGACGCGAAGUUUGAGAGAAGAAGGCGGCUCUUGUCUUGUAGCCACGCGCUUUUGUGUCCCGGGCUGUACCGCACGCGUCUGAGGCCGCCGCGCCGAGUGAGAGGGGAUAUGAUGUGAAGUUCAACACAACUUGGGGUCAGACUCGCCAUUGUUUAUAACGUCACCGAGACGUCGCUGCCACACAAUUGUGAUGGACAGUCGCUCCAAUGCGGUGAUGUAAAACAAAACUUUACAAAUUCGUGAAUGACACCGCGGCCUUCAAAGGAUAAUUAUAAAAUCGGCGACGUUUCGGGCAAUGGCCCUUCGUCAUGGCACACGAGUGAUGUCACUGGAGCGCUGCAGCGUUGCGCUUGACCGUGACCUCCCAGUGUGUGCCCGUGGGUUUUUUGUUCACAACGAAUUUUCAACCUCGUAUGGGACACCCAGGGACACGCAGGCGCGAUGUGCAGCUACAAGAGCUGUGUGCCGAGCUCACGUCUCACGCUCACGUCGCCGUGACGAGGUCAGACGAGGAGAGCGCUACUACCAUGGCCGUGUGGCUUCAAGAGCCAGCACUUAAAUCAGUGCCACCCAAAGGUUAACUUCGUGACGCCGGUUUCUUUAAAUUGCCAAUAAAGGUGAAAUGUGGAUGUAGUGGUGGCGCAGUGGAUUGCUGACUGCGUAAUGAACCAGGUUUUCCGAGCUCCAUACGCGGCCACGGCUGAUCGCAGUAAUAUCGGUGACGAGAGAUAUUUGAACCAGUUCUGUGCAGCCCCCUUGUCCCCCUCCACCAACCCACACUGACCAUCAUGGUGAAGUAUGGUCAAACGACCUCCGUACCACAUGGCUAGGGAACGCCUUCGGUCAGCAGUGUAUUGACAAAGAGUUAUUAAAAAAGGGCUGAUUGUGAAACUACCCACUUUGCAAAGGUUGAACGCAUAAUUCACUUUCAUUGGCGGUGUAAAGAGACUGGGUACUACGAAGGUUUAGCGGUCACAGGUGGGUGGGUGGUACUGAGACGCGUGAGACGACCCCCCCUGUGGGCGAUGUGAAGUGUGCGGGUCCCGUCGCGUGGCACUGAACUCUGCUUGAAUAACGACACAACAUUGUGAUAUCAAAUAAUAAUAAUAUAAAAUAACAAAACGCAUUAUGUCAUAUGUGUUGCUUUUCAAUCGUUACACGAUGUAAUUGAAUGAUAAAUUGCGUACUGUAAACGGAGCAGUAACCGAAUAAAUAUUAUACAUUGAU